AGGCUCCGCUACCCCCGCCCCGCCCCUCAUAGUGGCGCUCUCGCCAUCUUACCCCCACCCCCUCCAGCCUAGCUCAGUCACCUUUUCCCUUUCUACAAUCUCUGGUUCCCCCCACUCCCCGCCCCCCUGCCCGUCGUGUCCCGGGGCCGCCGCCGCCGCAGACACCGCGCCAUCUCUGUCCCCUCUCAUUCUCCACGCGGGACGCGCAGCCGUGCCUCCACGUGUCUUAAGCAGAGAUGAAUAAUGCUGCAGCUAGCCCGAUGUCUACUACCACUUCAAGUAGUGGAAGAAAUGCAGGGAAGACUAUAAGCUUUGCGGCCGAGUUGCAGAGUAUGAUAUCUAUAUUUACAGACGCCAUGUGGAUGGUGGGAGGAGGAGGCAGCGUAGUAAAGUCUGGCAGUGUUAUAAUAUGCAGGAACAAUAUUCAUCUCUAAGGCGGAUAAGCCAGGUUUUCUCUAGGUGAUGCUAGGAGGCCUCUCCAUGAAACUGCAGUUUUGGUGGAAGAUGUGGUUCAUACACAACUAAUUAACCUGUUACAGCAAGCUGCAGAAGUCUCUCAGCUUCGGGGAGCAAGAGUGAUCUCUGCUGAAGAUCUUCUGUUCUUGAUGAGAAAAGAUAAGAAAAAACUUAGAAGACUUCUAAAGUACAUGUUUAUCCGAGACUACAAGUCAAAGAUCAUCAAAGGCAUUGACGAGGAUGACCUCCUGGAAGAAAAACUGAGUGGCAGCAGCGGUACAAACAAGAGACAGAAGAUCGCUCAGGACUUGAUCAACUCUAUCGACCAGACAGGAGAGCUGCUGGCAAUGUUUGAAGACAACGAGCUUGAUGAUGUCAAACAGGAGAGAAUGGAGAGAGCAGAAAGACAGACUCGUACUAUGGAUUCAGCUCAAUAUGCAGAAUUCUGUGAAAGCCGACAGUUAAGUUUCUCCAAAAAAGCUUCCAAAUUCCGAGACUGGCUGGACUGCAGCAGCAUGGAGAUAAAACCCAAUGUCAUAGCUAUGGAAAUCCUGGCAUAUCUGGCAUACGAAACCGUGGCCCAGCUGGUGGAUCUGGCUCUUCUAGUGAGGCAAGAUAUGGUGUCCAAGGCAGGGGACCCCUUCAGCCAUGCCAUUUCUGCAACCUUCAUUCAGUACCACAACUCUGCUGAGGGGUCCUCAUGUUUGAAGUCCAGCCCAGACUCUCCUGAGAACACACCUCCUCCUACACCAACAGCUCCCUCUUCUGGAUCACAGCAUUCAGGUAGAGCUGCAUCUGGUUCUUUGGGGAAUGGGAACACAGGACAAGACACUGCCAAAACCAAGCAGCGGAAGAGGAAAAAGAGCACUGCGGCCUGUGGUGUCGAGGCUCACAGCGAUGCCAUCCAGCCCUGCCACAUCAGAGAGGCCAUUCGACGCUACGGCCACAAGAUUGGCCCUCUCUCCCCAUUCACAAUUUCUUUGUCUUUGACAGAGUGCCUACCGAAGGAGUGGGAUGGCUUUCCUGGCCUGCUGAGGGGACCAUGGCCGUGCCUGCCGCCACGAAGAGGGAGUGGUUCACCGAGGUCAUUCUUGCCUGUCCUGCCGGAAAAUAAAAUAGGAUUUUAUGUUCUCCUGCCCUAGGGA